AUGAACUCUAUCACCAACCGCGACAUUGUCCAUGACGCCGCGCUCGACAGCCUGGACACCAUGUCGCUCGAUACCUACACAUUCCCAAAGGAAAGGCUGAAGAAACAGCUGUCAAAUCCCGAGAAGCAGCCUCUUGUGCUUGUGUCGUGCGGCUCCUUCUCACCACCGACGAACCUGCAUCUGCGCAUGUUCGAGGAAGCAGCCGACUACUGCGAAUUUGAGACCGACUUCGAAGUAGUGGGCGGCUUCUUCAGCCCCGUCGGCGACGCAUACAAGAAAGCUGGUCUGGCAUCCGCGCAACACAGAAUCAACAUGACCAGGAUUGCUGUCGCGGACAGCUCGACCUGGAUUGGCGUUGACCCGUGGGAGCCACUGCACAAGGAGUACCUACCGACCGUCAAGGUCUUGGACCACUUUGACCACGAGCUGAACACGGUCAUGGGAGGCAUCGAUAAUGGAAAGGGCGAGAAGAGACCAAUCCAUGUUGCGCUGCUUGCAGGCGCCGACCUGAUUCAAACCAUGAGCACACCAGGACUGUGGGCUAGCGAGGAUCUUAGCAGGAUCUUGGGCCAUUACGGCGCUUUCAUACUCGAGCGCAGCGGCACUGAUAUUGACGAUGCGCUUGUCAGCCUACGGCAGUUCAGGGAAAGUAUCCGUGUGAUACCGCAACUCAUCCAGAACGACGUAUCUUCGACCAAGAUCCGUCUCUUCCGCAAGAGGGGCAAGAGCAUCCGCUACUAUAUUCCCGACAAGGUCGUCGACUACAUCUACGAACACGGCCUUUACAGCGACGACGAAAAGAAGCAGGCGGACAAGGGCGAAGAGAAGGCGUCCAUCGACGGCGCUGCUUCGUCGCAAGGCGUUUCUGCGUCUUGA